AUGCCGGCGCUGUCCAAGCUGCGCGUCCCCGUCGUGUCGUUCCUCAAUGGGAUGGGCUCUGCCAUGCGCAAGGACUUCGCGGCCUCGUCGUCGCCCGCCGGCGACCUCUUUCGGUCUGGGAAGCUCGAGCUCGUGGACGUGCCCGUGCCCAAGCUCGUGGGCAACACGCAGGACCCACUCAACGGCCACCGCAUGGACGACACGGGGGCCCCUAGCUGGGACAUUACCACCGAGCAGCAGCGCGUCAUCGAGCAGGCCAAGAUCGUGGUCAUGGACCAGCAUUCCGGCGGGCCGCUCUUCCUCACGCCCGAGCAGAGCCUACCCCAGGACAAGCGCGACAUCCUGCGCAACAUCGAGUGGGUGCAAGGCACGUACGCCGGCGUGGAGCAGUACCUGAACCGACUGCCCCACGGCAAGAAUGCGCUGCCGGCUGACCAACUGCCAAAGUUCACGUUGACUCGGGCCGGAGGGUUCCUGCCGCGCAUCAUGGCGCAGUACGUCUUCGGGUACGUGACCAUGCUGGAGCGGAUGCUGCUGGAGGCUCGGGACUUCCAGAGCAACCGCGACUACGCACGAGAGCGAAUGAUCCAAUUCCGGCCGGCGCAGACGGUGACCGUGGGGAUUCUUGGGCUGGGGGAUAUCGGCCAGGGGGUGGGCAAGAUGCUGCGUGGGGCCGGGUACAAGGUGCUGGGCUUCAAGCGCCGCAUCGGACCCGAGCUGGAGCUGGAGCUGGCUUCCUGUGCCGAUCGCGUCACUCCCGACCUGGAGGAAGUGCUGUCCAAGAGUGAUUAUCUCGUGAACGUGCUGCCAAGUACGAGCUCGACGCGCUACUUGCUGAACGAAAAGAAUCUCGAGCUGUGCCGAGAACGCAAGCCGGUCUUCAUUAACAUUGGACGCGGUGAUGUGAUCGCAGAGAAGACCAUUAUUAACGCUCUAGACAGCGACGUGUGGUCUCGUGCCGUGCUGGACGUGUUCGAGGAGGAGCCGCUCCCGAACGAAAGCGCGUUGUGGGCGCAUCCGUCGGUGCUUCUGACCCCGCACGUGUCAGGGUACGUGUUCGUGGAGGACGUGGCCAGUAUGUUCGUGGACAACUUCAAUCGCUACCUGCGUGGAGAACCCGUGCUGUACAAGGUCGAUUGGACUGCGGGGUAUUGA